AUGCCCAGGCUUUUAGCACGGCUGGCCGUGUUUCUCAAGGCAGAUGCUGCUGGAAAAGUCAAAUAUCGCCAAAGGACUGUGAAACCGGUUCGAAAGCCCGUCGUCAACAAGACGCGUCCGGUUGUCAUACCAAAUCUAUCUAGAACACAGUCUUUUCUCCUAGACCCAAAUCCAAUCCUCAACAAGGACGAUUUUCAGACACCUGAAACGCCUCCCCCUCUUCUCCCAUGGCCACAAUCACGCAAGGAGUUGCCAAAGAAUGCAAGGCUGAUGAGUUCAAUUGAAGUCGAGGCCAUGGCGAGUCCAUAUGCUCGCAUGCUCAGCGCUCCUCAAAGAACAUGUCUCUUUACAAGAGCAAUCUUACCGACAGAUCUACUUAUACGGUUUGGUGGAGCAACGGAUCCUUCGACUGGGACUCGGUAUCUCCUGCCGAACAACAUCGAACACCCUAAAUUCGCCGCACGAAUUCCUGGGAAAAACUUCUGGGUUUCGUGCUGGAAAGACGUUGUGCGGCAGAUGAUAGAAACCAAGAAGCAUGCAAUGAUCAGUCCAAACCUUCAAAGUCACCCACUCUUACUGGAGCAAGUAGAAUCCAUGUUACAGCAAAGAAUAGUUCAAGAGCUCGAGCUACUUCGAGACCGUCUACGGCCCUCUAAGCAACUUCUGGUCGACGUACACGAAUGUACAAUUCGCAGGAUUACAGAAGAAGAAAGGAGUCUAAUCUACCAAGAUGGAGGAGUCUCGAUACCCGGCGGCCAAGCGAUUCUCGAAUUCGGAGAGACCAAGCCUGAACAGGUCAACGACGAUGCGACUCCCUCUCGUAUGAUAUUGGACACCUCUACCACCUCCCCGCGUCACGUUCCUCUUUAUUUUGUGUCAUCAUUCAUGCCGAGCGACUCCUUGGACCGGGCGCAUCAACUUGUUCACUCCAUUCUAAAGACAGAGGCAAAUGCGAUCAGGAAGUCCGAGAAAGGGACAGAACCCACCAUAUCAGCCUCAAAUGUCAUUGAUUCCACCUCACCGGCCAUGUACCUUGUUAGGUCUACAGCCGCUUCGCUGCUUCGAGCUGAUACGGUACCACUCUGCAUUUCGCUCUGGCGAAUGAAUCUUUGGGCUGGGCAAGGGUGGGCUGACGGGCUCUGGGGUAGAUGGGAGCAAAAGUCUGGAGAUUCGGUACCGGAAUUUCUUGGCACAAACGAUUCAUGA